GCGUGCUCACCAGGUGGCAACUGCGUACCCUUGGCACCGGGAGUGAAAGAAGGAAUGCUUCUGUCCGGAUUUGGGGCACACAAGCCAGGGCAACACUUCAGACGUUGGAAUUGGGGCUCUGUCUGCCGGUGGCCUGGCACAUGCGCAGGAACACUGUGUGGCUGUCACUCUUCCAUAAGGCUUCAUGUCGGUACUAGGACGGCAUUGCUGAGGCCUGCAGCUCCUCCCAAUCCCUACUAUUUGAUAAACACCAGAUAGUCGUCAACGGUACGGAUAUGUCCCUUACCAGAGAGAUUCGUAUCAAUCAGACAAUGGCUCUCGCCCGCCCAGAGUGGUAUUCAGCAAUUUACGAACCCUCUGAUCGGACACCCCGAGAGUAUCUCAAUCUCCACUGUUUUUCAUGAUUUCCCCUGUGAUGAACAGUCCCAUCACACUCGAUAUUUGUCCCACGUGCUGGAUCGCGUGACCGCUCUCUCUUGUCUGGUCGUCGCCAUUGGGUUGUUCCAAAAAUGGAUUUCCUUCUGCCUGUCUCCGUCAGCACUGGAGCCGUCACAGCCUCCUGCCAAGACACAGCACGGGCCAUUGAACUCGCCGCAGACACCGAAGACUCCGUGUCGCUCCUUUUCCAGAGAUCCUCUCCCUUUGACAACCCCCCAAGCCACCCCGCAACGACGACGACGACGACGUCGGAAAAAAUACGCCCGCCAUGGCUCCGAGACGUCGCCGCGGAGCCUCCGACGAUGCUGCCGCAGAUGACCACUCCGAGACGGAUGCGCCCAAGAACCGCCCACCCAAUACAGCCUUUCGCCAGCAACGCAUGCGCGCCUGGCAGUGUGUGCUGACACCGAAACUUAUUGUCACCAUCUUCUCCAUUCUCGCCGUCAUCUACCUUGGCUUCGGCGCCUAUCUUACAUACCUUGCGCAUACUGUCCGCGACAUCUCGAUCGACUACACCAAGUGUAUCACCGACGCACCAACAGAUGACUUUGGACCGAUUCCGGCUGAAAACAUCGAGGCUCAUUUCUCGGUGACAAAUCCCGACUUGGAUCCCUUCCGGUCUCAGUGGAAAAGAGAGACGAUCAAUGAUGUCAAGGUCGCCAAUUACACUGCGAAGCGGGAGUAUUGCUAUGUCCGAAUCAACAUCCCCGAGGACCUGAAGCCGACCAUCAGCUUCUUCUAUCACCUCAACAACUUUUACCAGAACCACCGUCGUUAUGUCAAUUCUUUCAAUGCCAAGCAACUUCUCGGCGACGCAGUAGAUGGCGGUACCAUCAACGCCUCCACCUGCGCACCCCUGACUCACAACCACGAGGGCAAGAUCAUUUAUCCCUGUGGCUUGGUGGCCAACUCAAUCUUCAACGACACUUUCUCUCCGCCCCUGUUGUUGAACCCGCGAAAUUCGUCAGAGGACAGUGUCGAGUAUCCCAUGUCGACCAAGGGCAUCGCUUGGCCUGGAAUCAAAGACUUGUAUGGCCUUACAAGCUACAAAUAUUCAGAUAUUGUGCCCCCACCCAACUGGGAGGAGCGUUACAAGUUUGGUUAUGAUGAGGUGAACAACCCGGUACCGGAUCUCAAGAGUGACGAGCUUUUCCAAAACUGGAUGAUGUUGGCUGCCGCGCCCAACUUUUACAAACUGUACCAGAAGAGUAACACCAGCGAGGUGAUGGCUGCUGGUACAUACGAGAUCAAGAUUGAGUCCAACUUCGACACCACCAAGUAUAAUGGCGGGAAGUCUUUCGUCCUCACCACUGUCUCGACAAUGGGAUCGCGCAACAUCUGGCCAGGAAUCAUUUUCCUGAUUGUUGGCGGUAUCUGUCUUGUUCUUGACGUCUACUUCAUCUUGUCGUUCUUUUUGUGGAAGCCGCGCAAGCUUGGCGACCCAUCAUAUCUUUCGUGGAACCAGCCAUCGGCACCACAGGGGCAUGCUUCGACUUCAUAA